AUGCGCAUGGAAAGCAGGGGCGAAGAGCGCGGGCGCGAGGGGCUGCAGGAAAGGAGCAUCACAGGAAGAGCAAAACUCCCCAUCACCCUGGGCGUCUUCCUCAACUCGUACUACGACGUGAAGUUCAGCUUCGUCGGGAUGGUGUUCGCCGCCCUCGGCGUCCUCGUCACCUCCCUCUACCAAGUGUGGGUAGGAGCUAAGCAACAUGAGUUGCAGGUAAAUUCUAUGCAGUUGCUGUACUAUCAGGCACCAAUGUCCUCUGCUAUGUUGUUCUGCAUCAUACCCUUCUUUGAGCCAGUGUUUGGAGAAGGGGGCAUAUUUGGGCCCUGGACACUUUCUGCUGUGAUAAUGGUACUGCUGUCGGGUAUAAUAGCCUUUAUGGUAAACUUGUCCAUUUACUGGAUCAUUGGAAAUACGUCACCUGUCACGUAUAAUAUGUUUGGACAUUUCAAGUUCUGCAUCACCCUCCUUGGAGGGUGCCUCUUAUUUAAGGAUCCACUGUCUGUAAAUCAAGGCCUUGGAAUUCUGUGCACGUUGUUAGGCAUUUUAGCUUAUACCCACUUCAAGCUUAGCGAGCAGGAAGGCAGCAAGAGUAAAUUGGUUCAGCGUCCAUAAAGCAAGGUUUUCUGGAGAUCAAUAACAUUGUGAGGGAGAGCAAACAUUUAAAUGCAUUGAUUGUGGAAUGCACAGAAUUGCUUCAAUGAUUUAGAACUGUUUUUAGUUUAACUGCCAGGAUCGUUAUUCUUUAACUAAACACAACAAAUUGAAUUAUGUAAGAUGCCGGGUUUUUGCCAUCGCAGUCCAUCUGACUAUUUUCAUUAAAUGGUAACUUAAAAAAGAAAAUGGCACACGUAACAAUUGCUAUGGAAAUUUUGCAGAAGUAAUUAUGAUUUUUGUCUAUUAAAUGAGAUCAUUAUGGCUACUGUUAUAAUAGAGAGAAGAAGGAAUCGUGCCAUUGUGAUCGUGCCAGUAUUACUGUUGUGAAGAAACUUGGAGGCACUUUUAUGCAGAUGUUCUAGUGUGUAAUGAUACUUGCUCCUUUUUGUCUGAUGAAUAAUGAAGAGGAAAUGUGCUUUGUUUAGUUGUUUUAAAAAGGGCCACCAAACUCAUUCCUCGUUCUUGUAUGCUUUCUUAUGUACGUGCUUGGCUUUGAUACAUUUAUAAAUUUCAGCUGAAGGUAUUAGGUAAAAUUAUUAGUGGAGUGAGACAAGAGGAUACAUUGGAAAACUUGAAGCCACAGGCCAAGCUGUGGAAAAGUAGGAAAUCAGAUCUAAACAGUUCAUCAUAAAUUUUUCUUUUGAUCUGUCAGAACAUUAAUGAAGUCAUUAGUGUUUUAGAAAACCUGUUACUGCUUUAUAAUUUUUUUUUAUGCCAAAAGCAAGGAUUUCCAUGAGAUCUUGUAAAUACUUGUGAGACUAAUAAAAUCUCUGAAUUUGUGGUAAUGGCCAAUAUUUUGCAGCCAGCGCACGCAGAUACCCAUGCUAAAGCUAUUCUCAGAGAAAUCUUUGGAAAGCUCACCAUCUGUAAUGAUGUGAAGAGUGACAUCAGUAUUACAAUCUUCUCUCUUCUGUAUUCAACUCCCACACCCUUUCCCAAGGGUUACAUUCUGUGAGGUCCACAGAUUUUGCAGUCGUCAUCGUUUUGGAGGGAAGGCCCAGAGUUGUCCAGGCAGUUCUAGGUAGGCAGUCUUUAUUCAACAGAUAGUCCUCUCGGGACCUUCUCAAGGUGACUAAAGUGUGUGAGGUGGCACCUACUUCUGCCUUAAUUUGGGAAUGUCAGUGCUCUUAGUAAAUCGGGUGAAAGUGUAUGUUCACUAGAUUGAUAAGGUUAGAAUUUAUUUGCAGUAUCUUAAUCCUUACGUUUGGCGGUUAUUUUAUCUUCAUCUACCUCUAGCAGACUUUAUUAAAGAGGGGAAUUAUAUGA